AUGAAUCUCCUCAAUUCGAUUCUUCUAAUUUCCCUCCUCUUUGCUCUGUUCUCUCCGGCGAAACCCGACGCCAGGCACAUUGGAAACCUUUGCAGCAAAACAGAGCAACCGAAGAUUUGUUCCGAUUGCCUCAAUUCCGGCCGGGGAAGUCAGAGCGCCAGCGGCCGUGGACUGGCACUCAUCGCCGUCGGAUGUGCGGAGAGAAAUACCAAAUUAAUGGCGCAGAGGGUUGGAAACCUUGUUCGUUCGACGCCGGAGUCAACAUUGAAGAUGCUUUUGAAUGAAUGUUGGAUGUCAACGGGGUACGCCGCCGGUAAUUUUCCGGGAAUUGCAAGAUCCGUGGCGGCGGGAGACUAUGCCAGCGGGAAGAACGUUUUGGAGAUUACGAUUAGGAAUGUGAAUAUGUGCUUGGUUAAUUUCAAGAAAAAUCCUAACAUUCCGGUGCCGUCGGAGGUUUUGGCGGGGACAGUGGCGGUCACUCAAGAUUGCCGGAUUGUUACUCAGAUUUUGAAUGAUAUUUAA